GCAGCCUUCCCCAGCCCUGCUGCCAGCCCAGAAGCCUCCCUGCAGCUGCUGGGUUCCGCCUAGGACCAUGUGUGUGGCUGCUGCUUGGGAGAAGCAAGCACUUGCUCCUGGCACUGAUCCCAGCUGAGUUCCUCCUGUUGAUUUUGGGACCACAGAUGCUGCUGCUGAGGAGGUAUUUCCUGGCAUCCCUGCCUCUUCUACUGCCAGCGAAGGACCAGCCCAAAAGCGGGUGUCAGGAUGGGCCACGCCGUGAGAAGCCGAUGCUAGCGAGCGAGGUGUGAAGAGUUGGCCAGAAUGACCAACUCCUCCUCCACGUCCACCUCCUCCACCACCGGGGGAUCGCUGCUGCUGCUCUGCGAGGAAGAGGAGUCGUGGGCGGGCCGGCGCAUCCCCGUGUCCCUUCUGUACUCGGGCCUGGCCAUCGGGGGCACGCUGGCCAACGGCAUGGUCAUCUAUCUCGUGUCGUCCUUCCGAAAGCUGCAGACCACCAGCAACGCCUUCAUCGUGAACGGCUGCGCCGCGGACCUCAGCGUCUGCGCCCUCUGGAUGCCGCAGGAGGCGGUGCUCGGGCUCCUGCCCACCGGCUCGGCGGAGCCCCCCGCGGACUGGGACGGCGCCGGCGGCAGCUACCGCCUGCUGCGGGGCGGGCUGCUAGGCCUCGGCCUCACCGUGUCCCUCCUGUCCCACUGCCUGGUGGCCCUGAACCGCUACCUGCUCAUCACCCGGGCGCCGGCCACCUACCAGGCGCUGUACCAGCGGCGCCACACGGCGGGCAUGCUGGCGCUGUCCUGGGCGCUCGCCCUGGGCCUCGUAGCCGUUCCUAGCUCCUCUCACCAGUGGGAAUUCCUGAACCCGGUGCUCCCGGGAGAGAAUACAGCUUACUUUGUCAUCUUCAUCACUGUUACUGUCAUUGUCACCACCAUCAUUAUCCUCAUCAUCUUGUACAGUUCCAAAGUUGAGUGUGGUCUCACCAGGUUACAACCAAAGUGUCGGCAGCCUGUGUUCCUUUCUGGAGACCAUCAGCGAGAAUGCAUGUCCUGCUCAUUUGUGUUGUUGGCAGAAUAUAGCUCCUUGCAGUUGUAG